AUGGCACAUACCUCACAACGCAAGAAAGAGUUACUGUUUAACUUGUUCUUUCUCACUCUCGGUCUAUACUUGUGUUGGAUCGGCGUACAAGUUAUACUUGCUUGGGCACUAUUCUGUUUACUUGCUUUCCGCUUUGUAAAAUUACAAGCAGACUACUGUAAUUCUAUAAUUUAUGGAUCAGCGGGGGACAAUAUUUCUCCAACGGGAGAGAAAUCUAUUAUACAAGAGAUCGCGUAUACGUGUCAGAUGAUUAUCUCGCGCUCACAAAUUGAGCAACUCACAGUGGAUAGACAAAUACGAAAGUCCAGGAAACUUUUGAAGGAAACCGAAAGCUUGAAAUUGAUUCGCAAACGUCGUGACUCCAUUCCGCCUAUAUUAAAACGCCCAUGUCAACGUCAAUCGAAACGUCGCGAUUCCGGCCCCUCAAAGAUUAAUUCGACAUCCAGGCCUGUAACGCAAGCCUUGACAGAAUCGUUCCAAAAUCCUUCUCUGGCACGACGUCUAUCUAAUCCUUAUCUACCAAAGCAUGACGCCGAAGUGUUCAAAUCGUUUGCGAAUUGUGUCAAGCCCAUACAGCACUCUGCUCCUGAGCAAGGUCAACCAAUAUCCCAGGGAAAUGAAAAUCUGAUCGAUGCAGUCCUUAGACUAGAACAGGCAAUUGAGGAGACUAUUGGACUUGAACACUUAAACGUUUGUACUGGGCCGAAUGACAACUCGAGUACCACUUGUGCUACUUACAGUGACGUGGAUAGAAGUUUGAGACAGUUGGAGGAGCUUUUCGAAGAGCUAUAUGGGGUUUCAUGA